UCAUAAACAGUGGAUCCAUUGAUUCGGAAUCUCAUGAUUUAUUGGAUGCACUCGUUUGAGUUUAUGUCGGGACAGGAUUAUUAUUUACAAUUCACCGAGUAAUGGGAAAACUGGUGAAGAUGACGUGGAAUUCCUGUCGGGGAAAUGGAUACCUGAUGAUCGGUGUCUGUCUGGGUCUCAGUCUAAGUCUCUUCAUGUCUCCCUUGGAGAUCUCCGAGAGUAGCGAUGCCAAUUCACCCGCCGAUGAGUCUUGGGCGCCAAUGCCUGCGCAGGAUCCAACGGAUGAGUACCUCCCGAAAAUAAACCUUGCACAGAAACCCAGACUUCCUCAAAAGGUACCGAAAUCUCUGAUCCGUCCCCGAUAUUAUUCAACAGAGUUAGGAAUCCGGGAGAGACUUUUCGUGGGAGUUUCGUCCUCUCGGGAGCACCUGCAUACCCGGGGAAUCGCUUUGAACAAGACCCUAGCUCACCUAGUGGACAGAAUUCGUUACUUCAUCACAAUUCCCGAAGGGUCGAAGCCAAACGUCAGUCUUCCAGGGAUCGUCGGCUUCACCGACACCCGAGACUUGCUGAAGCCUUUUCACAUCAUCAAAUACAUCACCGACAAUUACCUCGAGGAGUACGACUUCUACUUUAUCGUCAAGGACACGUCCUACAUCAGCGGAAGACGACUGAAUGAUCUUCUGGAAAAGAUAUCCGUCUCCAGAGACGUCUACAUGGGCCUCCCCCUGGAAGAUGACCCUGGCCACUGCUCCCUGGACGCUGGCAUCGUCCUCUCCAAUUCCAUCGUCAAGAGAAUCAAGAGCAAUCUUGACUGGUGCGUCAAGAACACCUUCUCCGACAUCGACGACGUCAAUUUUGGAAGAUGUGUCCAGCACUCCACAAGUCUCCAGUGUCUUCAGAGCCUGGGGGACAUCUCGUUUGUCUCGAGGGAUCUGGCAGAAUUUGAAGAACUUGGGAAAAUAGAGAUUUUAUCUAGAGAUUAUCCAGGGGGAUUUACCGAGGACAGAGCGGCUUCUGUGCUUAGGGAAUCCCUGACGAUUACUUCAGUAUUCGAUCAUGCCAUAAUCUACAAACUCCAUGUGCAAUGGGUGGUGGACAGGGCCAGAGAGGUCGAGGUGUUAAUUGAGAGUAUGGAGGGAGAUUUUGAGGAGAUAGCGGAGUCUUCUAGGAAUUUUUCACAGGUUUCCUGGCCAAUUGGAGUCCCUGGAGCGUCGCCACCUUUAGGAAGGUUCGAUCUAAUCCCCUGGCACUACUUCAACGAGUCGCACGUAUUCAUGGCGACGGAUCGCGAGACGUCGAGGCCUUUGAUUGGCGCUCUCAAGUUGGAAGUCGACGAGGUCCUCAGGAGGCUUAGGGAGAGGCUCGAGAUCGGCCAGAGUAGGCUGGAGAGAUUGAACAACGGUUGGAGGAGGUUUGAUGCAGGACGAGGUGUGGAUUACAUCCUCGAUGUUGACGUCGUAGGUGCUGAAGGGCGGGUUAAUACGAGGUUUGAAGUGACAAAGCCCCUGGGAAGGGCUGAGAUACUUCCUGUGCCCUACGUCACUGAGAACUCAAAGGUCAGUAUUAUCGUGAUCGUUGACUCCUCCACCAUCGUCGAGGCCAAAAGUUUUAUCGAUGAGUACCUCAAAGUUUGCAUGGAGAAGAGAGAGAAAACCAGUCUUAUGCUCGUGCUGCUCUAUGACCCUGGUAGUCCCUCCAAAGGGUCCCAGGACGUUUUUGCCGGGGUCAAGGGCAAGGCUCUGGAGGUCAGCGAGAGAUUUAAGAAAGACAAGAUGAAGGUCAGCUGGCUUUCUGUUAGAAUGCCUGUCAGUAUCUUAGAGGAUCGUCGUCAUCCAGGAAUCGACUUGGCUAUUGCUGAUCUCGUUUGCAGAAAGUUCACCCCUGAGAGUAUUCUCAUGAUAAUGCAGAUGGGCUCUGGCAUCAAACCCGAUUUCCUUAACAGGGUGCGAAUGAACACAAUAAUGCAGUUCCAAAUAUUUAGCCCAAUUCCAUUCACCGAGUACCAUCCAGACAUCGCCUACCCAACUGGCACCCCACGUCCCCCAGAGGUGGACAUCAACAGAAAUCACGGCAGUUACGAUCUGGACAACUUUGAGACUAUCUCCUUCUACGUUAAAGAUUACCAAAAUGCCCGAAAGAUCUCCGAGGGGGACAUCCCUAUUGUCCGUAAUGACAAGGACGUCCUGUCGAUUCUCAAACUGCCGAGGAACAAAAUGAUCAAUUCAAUUUUCGAAUUGUUCGUGGUGUACAGUGAUUUGCAUCCUAUGAGGGCUGUUGAGCCAGCCCUCAAGACCAGGUACACAGAAAUUGACUGCACUGUUGCAAGUGAAUUUUCUAAAAUCAAUUGUGAAAAUAGAAAAUACUCCAAACUGGGGCAUCGAGGACAACUAGCCAAGUUGAUCCUAGAUCACCAGAACAACUUUGAGGUACUUGAUGAUUUCCUUCCCUUUAGAUGCGAGGCUGUGGUAAUCAGUGGUAAGCAAAUAGCAAAAGAGAUAAAAGAUGACUUGAAGACAAUCGUCGACUCCUGGGUGGCAUCAGGACGCAAACAACCUCGACUCUCAGCUAUUUUGGUGGGCAAUGAUCCGGCGAGUGAAGUUUACAUCGGGAGAAAAGUCAAAGCUGCAAAUUCCAUUGGGAUUCGGGCAGAAACAAUUCUGUUGAAUUGCGAUAUUAAAGAGGAGGAUUUGAUCAGGAAGAUUAAGAGUCUCAAUGAUGAUCCAGAUGUUGAUGGAGUUCUAGUGCAAUUACCAUUGCCUAGGGGAUUGAACGAAAAAAUCGCUUGUGAAACAGUUCGUCCGAGCAAAGAUGUGGAUGGAUUUCAUUCUGAAAAUUUGGGACUCUUGAGCACUGAUAGCGAGGGAUUUGUACCAGCGACUGCGCUCGCCGUUCGAGAAUUAAUAAUUAGAUCCGGGAUGAAAACUUUUGGGCGUAAUGCUCUCGUUAUUGGACGUUCGAAACACGUGGGGCUGCCCACAGCACUCUUACUGCAUGCUAAUGGAAAAGGCGAUACUAGAGCACUCGAUAUGACGACAACAAUUUGUCACAUUCACACACCCCGAGCAGAGUUGAUAAAAUUAGCAAAAUUAGCGGAUGUAUUGGUAUCAGCGACAGGUGUGCCUGGUCUUGUCACCAAAGAGAUGGUGAAGCCAGGAGCUUGUGUCAUAGACGUCGGAAUUACCAGGGUGGAUACGCCCGAUGGAAAGACAAGAAUCGUCGGGGAUGUUGAUUUCCAACAAGUGAGAAAAGUCGCUGGGUUCAUUACUCCCGUCCCAGGAGGUGUAGGGCCCAUGACUGUUGCCAUGUUGAUGAAGAAUACUCUCGGCCGGGACGGCGCUAGUAAAAAUAUAAGAUUAUCAUCAAUUAUGUGGCUCAAUAGUGUCCGAGAGCUGUCUCUGAAAUCUCCGAUUCUUUACACUAUCGAAUACGCGUGGUCUAAUCCUUUUUUAUCAAAAGGAAUUAUCAAGAAACUGAGUUCAAAAAUGACGAGACCGAAAGUGCUUGUUACACGAGCUGAUGUACCCCAGGCUGGGAUCGAUCUGUUGAAGAAGACCUGUGAUGUAACAAUGUGGGAGAAAACAUUUCCAAUUCCAAGAUCGGAAUUGCUCUCGAUGAUUCGAGGAGUCGACGGUGUUUUUUGCCUGCUCACCGACAAAAUCGACGAAGAGGUUCUGUCAGCGGCUGGACCACAGCUUAAGGCAGUGGCAACCAUGUCCGUGGGCUACGACCACCUCGAUCUCAAAGCCCUAAAAAGCCACAACGUCCAAGUGGGCUAUACCCCAGGAGUUCUCACCGAUGCUACAUCAGAACUAGCUGUUGCUUUACUACUAGCCACUUCCAGGAGAAUCUGCGAAUCUGCACAAGCACUCCGAGCGGGAGAAUGGAGCGCCUGGUCCCCUUCCUUUAUGUGUGGACCAGGUCUAGCAAAUUCCACAGUUGGGAUCGUCGGCCUCGGAAGAAUUGGUGCAAGAGUAGGAGAAUAUCUUAAAUCUUUUCGGAUUUCUCGAAUUCUCUAUACAAGUAGAACGGAAAAGCCAGAGGCUAAGAUAUUCAAUGGCCAACACGUGCCCUUGGACACGUUACUUGCUGAGAGUGAUUUUGUCAUUGUGACGAUUGCCCUCACCCCAGACACUAGAGAGAUGUUUAAUGAGAAUGCCUUCAAUAAAAUGAAAAAUACUGCCAUUUUUAUAAACGUCAGUCGAGGAGAAAUUGUCCAUCAGCCAGCAUUGAUCAAUGCCCUGAAAAAUAAAACAAUCAGGGCAGCUGGUCUCGAUGUCAUGACCCCGGAACCUAUUCCACUGGACCACGAACUUUUGAAACUUAACAAUUGUGUGCUUCUACCUCAUAUCGGAAGUGCAGCCUUGGAAACUAGGGAAAAUAUGUCGAUAAUGACUGCCAAAAAUAUUCUAGCUGUUCUCGGGGGAAAACUCGAAGAGAUGCCAGCCCCUCUACAUUUGCAAGUCUGAGGCUAAAAAUUGCAAAUUGUUUAUAACAUGCAUUACAGUAAUACAUUUAAGCACCUCAUUUCUGCACCAAAAUGAUCAAUGAAGCAAAAUACGAAAGAUGUAAACACCGCAGUUCAGU